AAAUCAAGUUCAGAAGGAAGAAAUUUAGUAGCUUAUCUCCAGUUAACAACAUUAAUAAAAAAUGGUUGAUUUAAUAUCUUUCUCUCUUGUGUUAAUAAUAUUGGGUGUUAUUUUGAAAAUAUAUAUAAAACUCAGUGUGAAACAUAAUGGAUGUUAUAAGUGUCUUGUUGGAAAAACUGCUGUUGUUACUGGUUCAAAUACGGGAAUUGGUUACAUAACAGCGUUGGAUUUUGCAAAAAGAGGUUGCAAAGUAAUCUUAGCUUGUCGAAAUAAAGUCAAAGCUGAAGCAGCUGUUUUCGAAAUUCAAAAAGAAACCAAUAAUAAAAACGUUAUUUACAAACAUCUCGAUUUAUCUUCGUUUAAAUCAAUAAGAGAUUUUGCUGGUGAUUUUAAUCAAAUGGAAAGCAAAUUAGAUAUUUUAGUAAAUAACGCAGGCGGAAUCGGGUUUGAGAAUAAAUUUACUGACGAUGGAUUACAAGUAAUUUUACAAACGAAUUAUGCAGGACCGUUUCUUCUAACCCACUUGCUUUUGGAUAACCUAAAAAAAUCCGAAUCUGGUCGAAUUGUUAAUGUAGCUGCAUUAGCGGGACGUUUAGCUGGCAAUAUUGAUUUAAACGAUUUAAAUAAGCACCCGAAAGACGCAACAGGAUUUUAUUCGCCUGUUCAAACGUACAAAAACACGAAAUUGUGUAAUAUAUUGUUUACAAUUGAAUUGGCUAAAAAAUUAUAUGGCACGAAUGUUACCACUAAUACUUUACAUCCAGGGAUUAUUGAUACUAAUUUUUUAUUAACGAUUCCGUUUUUUAGAAAAUUAGUACAAUUUAUUGGAAAAUUUUAUUUUUUAACUCCUUUAGAAGGUGCUCAAACAACAAUUUACGUUGCGCUAUCUAAUGAUUUAGAAGGCGUUAGUGGAAAAUUAUUUGAUAACUGUCGUGAAGUUGGGAUGUAUUCAAACGCUAAAGAUCCUAAUAUGGCUAAAAAACUUUGGGAAAUAAGUGAAAAAUGGUGUAAAAUUGAAGAAAAUGAAAAAAUUCGCUAAAAU